GUGCAGUAGGGCCAAGAUGGCCACGCUGGAUCAAUGAAACGCGAGUAAUCAUAGUAAAAACAGAAAUUGACAAGUGUGCAAGUGAACACUAGACAUUGAUUAUGGUGUAAAUGGACCAUGGGGAAAGACCAGGAGCUGCUGGAGGCAGCGAGAAGCGGAAAUGUCACCGUGGUCGAGAAGAUUUUGGGUCAACGAGCGAAGAGGAGUGGUCCACUGGCAAGCCUACGGCGGGGUCCGGGGGCUAACGUGCAAGACGCCAGUGGAUAUUCGGCCCUUCAUCACGCAGCUCUGAACGGGCACAAGGAGGUGGUAAAGUUAUUGCUCCAAUAUGAGGCUUCCACUAACGUCGUCGACGCUAAAGGCUCUUCGCCGCUUCAUUUGGCAGCUUGGGCGGGCGACGCUGAAAUCGUGCGGUUAAUUCUUACCCAAGGACCCUCGGUACCUAAAGUGAAUCUUACGACGAAGGACAACGAGACAGCGUUGCACUGUGCAGCACAGUAUGGGCACACGGAAGUGGUGGCACAGCUGUUGCAAUACGGAUGCGACCCCAGCAUCCGCAACAGCCGGGGAGAAUCCGCGCUGGAUCUCGCCGCACAAUAUGGCAGAUUGGAAACCGUGCAAUUGCUCGUUAGUACGUAUCCAGAGCUGAUCGUGCCUCUCCGGAAUUCUUCCUCGUCGGUGAUUUUCCCUCACACCCCGCUGCAUCUGGCCUCGCGAAAUGGUCACAGAGCGGUGGUGGAGGUGUUGCUGGCAGCGGGCGUCGACGUGAACACGAGGACGUCUGCGGGGACCGCGAUGCACGAGGCGGCGCUCUGCGGCAAGAUGGAAGUGGUGCGGGCUCUCUUGGAUCGAGGGGUCGACCUGGGCAUACGAGACUCGCGACAGAACACGGUGCUCGAUCUUCUGGGACAGUUCCCGCCGCACGUCACUCAGGACAUCACCGCGGUGAUAAAAAGGCAUAGGUCUUCCUCUGGCGUGGAGAGCGACGCGGACAGCGAGAACUUGCCCCCGAUUCCGGUCCAGGGGAACGAUUCAUUGGGCAGCCCCUACGAGAACGUACGCCUGGGGGAUGAUCUCUCCCCGGCGGAAGGGACGUCGCCUACUCAAUGGCAGUUCUAUCAUAAGCCUCGAGACGACGAUCGCCGCGUUUCCGGCACUUCCGUUAUGUCUUUUGAAGACGAGGAGUAUGGGGAACCAGUGAACGGUGUACGGAGGACCCUCCAGCUGACAGAGGACUCUGACCCCAGUUCCGUCUUCGACAGUGUCUUUAUGUCCAUGUCCGACACUCUGAACUCGAUAAAUACUCUCGAAAGUUCCGAUCAAACUCCCGACGACAAACCACAAAACACUACCACCAACAGAAUACCAUUAGCACAGCGCGACACCACACGGGGCUCUGACAGUGGAUUGUACCAAACGCCACCGGUACCUCGAGGAACAAUGGAGGGUAGCUUCGUGUCGGAGGAUCUGUCCUUGACAUUACCCACGGGAUACGGGGGUGGCAGGGAGUCGGACCAAUUGAGCGUUUCCUCGUCCUCGAGCGUCGGUGGACCGAGCCCACGGGACCGGCGUUGUUUGCCCAACGAUUCCAGCGCCGCCGGGAUUUACUUGCCAAUGGCACCCUUGUCCAGUUCUCUCCACAGCCCCGCCUCCAACAGUAAAGUCUCGCCAACGCCGCCGAAGAAACCGCCGAGACGCAACCUGUCUGUCUCACCGACGCACCUGCAGACCCAGAUGUCCUUGUCCGCGGACUGUUCGCUGGGCCCCAGCAACUACGAGUAUCUGUUCAUGGCGCGUAGCGGCGCUCGUAGCCACAUCGACCUCGAACAAUUGCAGAAACGUCGCGAGCAAUUACGCCACGUGACCAGAAGCGUGGACCAAUACGUGGAGAUGAAGUCCCGUGUGCCGGACGGCGAGGAGAGACGCGAGACGACGAACGUGGAACCGGUGGCGAUCACAUCGAUAUACGAGAACAGACCGAUCAAGACGUUGAACCCACGGCGGAAAUUGCGUCGACACGCGUUCGACAAUUGCGAGCAGGGGAACAGCCCGUGCGCGGACAAAUCGCCGUGCAGCGAGAUAGACUCGUUCGUCCAGGAGCAGACGUUCGUCUCGAAUGCUUUUCUCACGCUCAAAUCAUCGCAGGAGAGCCUUCUCGACGACAAGCGCGACACCAUCGACGAGCAUUCCGGCACCGAGGCCCGCGAAGCGACCGACAAGCGCCUGAAACGAGUACAAAUGAUGCUGCCGACCAGUCCAACGCACUACGCUCAGCCACCUACGCCCGAUCAUCCGCCACCCUCUGCCAUGCAGGCGGAGAAGUCGAUCCACGAAAGGAUUCGCCCGUUGAGCCAGGUAUACAAACGGAGGUCCCGCGACAUGGAAACGGAAACCGACGAGGAUUUACUGCAGUUUCCGGCCGGCGGAUCCCUGGACGCGAGCAGCGGAUCGUUAUCGAGCGUGUCUCUGUCCGACAAGAGCAUGUCGACGGACAACGUCGAGGAAUACUUCGGGGAUGUGCCGUUCGCAGGUCUGUUGAAAGGGUCCGUAACGGCUGAGCGGCCGCGCACGCUGCGUCGCCUUCGGAACGUUUACGGGCCAUCCGCAUGCGGAAUGGGAACCGGCGGCGAGGGUGGAGGUGGAGAACGUCUGGAGGACGGAGAAGUCGCGUUCCGGCUGUCGGAUCGCGAUCGCGAGAGAGACGAGAAGUCCCUUAGCAUAAUGAGCCCGUUCGACGAGCAAGAGGAAUGGGCGAAGAUCUCGGAGAUCAUGGCGUCGUUCGGCACCGGUCUCGUCAGAGAGUCCGUCUUCGUCACUGAAUUAGAGAAGGAGUUCCAGACCAGACUAGGCCUGAGUUCAGACACCAGCAGCAGCCCUAUUGUCUCCACUUCCGUUGGUCAGUGGCUGUCAACGUUGGGCCUUGCUGAUUACGAGACCUUCUUUAUCAAUUAUGGAUUCGACGACCUUGAUUUCAUAAACGGGGUUCUAGACGAGGCAGACCUAAAGGAAAUGGACAUCAGCAGCGAUCAGGAGCGCGCAGUGAUAAUGGACGCGGUUGGUCUGUUGAACAAACGCGUGGAAAAACGAUCGGGCGGCAGUUGUCAGUCGGUGGACGAAUGGUUGAAGAGCAUUCAUCUGGAGAAUUACACGGAGACCUUCAAGAAACACUUGUACACGGAAAUGGACCGGGUAAGAAGCGUGUGGGAGGUGGAAUUGGCGGCUGUGCUAGAGAUCCAGAAGCCGGCGCACCGUAAGAGGAUCCUCGCGUCUGUCAGCGGAUCGAGCGCGCGUGCGCAGAAUCGCAAGACCGCCGGGCCCAACUUGGAGGACCUCAAUAAGGAUCUGAACACCUUGAAGUCGAAUAUACAGCAGCUGAAGGAGGAGAUACGGGAGAAGCUGCCGGAAACAACGGCGGAGGGUAAUGGUGGUACGUCGAUAACCGGAACGAAUUCGACCGGGACGGGCACAUUAAGGCACCGCAAAAACAGGCCGGCUCCGCAGCCACCCCAGCGACCCAGUUCGCAUAAUGGGGCGAUCUCGGCACCGGAACAGCUCGAGAUCAGGGCACCGUCGGAACUGCUUCUCGGCGUGCCGUCCACCCUGAAGACGCAGUGGAGGCACCAGCCAAAAGCUCUAGUCACCGGCUGCGUCACGUACGUCGCCAACUAUCUGGGUUCCACCGUCGUGAAGGAGUUACGCGGCACAGAGUCGACCAAGAAGUCCAUACAGAAGGUGAAGAAAACGAGCGGAGAACCUAGAGUCACCCUCGACAUCACUCUCGCGAUUUCUUAUCGCGGCGUUCGUUUUCUCAACACGGUGACCAAGGAGCCAAUUUGCGAGCAUGAAAUUCGCAACAUUCACUGCGCCUGUCAGGACGCGGACGACCUCACGCAUUUCGCAUAUAUCACCAAGGACCACGCCAGCCGUACGCAUUACUGUCACGUCUUUUGCGUGCCAACGAUGGACCAAGCUACGGAGGUGAUCCUAACUCUAGGCCAGGCGUUCGAGGUGGCCUACCAAAUGGCGUUGCGGGACAAGCUCGGCGGCCAUACCGUCCGAUCGCAGUCUGCUAAUCAAUUAACAACAUUCUCGAAAUCAUCGUUACCGACAAAAAUGUCCUUGUCGCCAGAUUCCGUGCAAGACGCAACCACCGUUCGCGAGAUCCUCCACGAUCAACAUCCGAAACCCAUUCCUAUCGUGAACUCGGUGAAUCCAAAGCUGAAACUACGGUCCAAGUCGUCGUCCAUUCCGAAUCCAGUCGCGGUGACCAGUCCACCGAAGGACACGAACUCGAACUCGAGCUCGAUCUCCAGCAACACGGCGAACUGUAGCUCGAGCUCGAAUCCGGCAACCAGUCCGAGCACCAAUUCCGUCAGCAGUUCGAACUCGAACGCCAGCACCUAUCAAACCGCGAAGCCGUUGGUCACACACGGCAGGUCCCAUUCCGUGAACGACAUCAAGGUGAACGGAAAUCAGCUGAAACUGGCGCCUGUGCCGGUCGACGACAUCGGAAUCGGCGUGAAAGACAUGAAACCUGGCUCGAGAGCACCCAUUGCUCUGUCCGAGGAACUGUAG